CGUUAUUUUGCUUCCUCCCUCUCCAGCGCCAUGAAGGCCGUCCACCUUCUGACGCCCUCACUAUGGCUGUUGCUUUCUUCUUCUGACGCCGUUGCCGUCGUUCCAGGUGUCUACGUUGGGCGAACGGGCAUUGACAGAGCUCUCUACCGAUGACAUAUCGAUAUUGGUCUCUACACCCGACCCUCUCAAAAACCUGGACCCGUCAAGUUCCUUCUUCGCAUUUAUCGAAGAUACUGAUACCCCGUGCACCGGAUACAGACAACAACACAUUAGUCAGGAACUACAUCAAGACCACACUCGAGGCUCUCAAUUGGCACGUCGAGGAGGACGAAUUCACUGGACAGACACCCAUAGGUGAAAAAAGGUUCACGAAUCUCAUUGCGACAAAGGACCCAACAGCUCCACGCCGGGUCAUUCUGUCGGCGCACUUUGACAGCAAAUAUUUUCCUUCAUACCCUGCGAAUCAGUUCGUAGGAGCAACUGAUUCUGCUGCACCAUGCGCUAUGAUGCUCGACCUCGCUGGGGCGUUGAAUCCGCUUCUGGAUAGUCGGCAACAGAGGCUGGAAGAAGGCACCGAAGAUGAUGAAGAUGUCGCUGAUAUUACUCUGCAACUCGUGUUCUUCGAUGGGGAAGAAGCCUUUGUAGCCUGGACAGAUACUGAUUCAAUUUAUGGUGCGAGACAUCUAGCGGAGAAAUGGGAGACAACAUACGUCCUGCCUCAUUCAAAACGACGUCUCCUUGGUCCACAAAUGACUGAGAUGCACGGCAUAGAGCACCUCAUUUUACUCGACCUCCUUGGUGCACCGCAGCCCAAGAUAAGGUCCUACUUUACUGAGACUGGGUGGCUCUUUGAUGCAAUGGCAUCUGCAGAGCAAAGACUGGGUGAUCAUGGUUUCUUCCAGUAUGAUGAUUACUCCGGCAUGGCUCCUGGACAUUGGGCUUCAUAUUUUACGCCGAGAAAUGGGGCAGAGAAGAAUCUGGGGAACAUGGGAGACGACCAUGUUCCUUUUUUGCAUCGAGGUAUCAGUGUUCUGCAUGUAAUUGCAGAACCGUUUCCUCGUGUCUGGCACACUUUGCGGGACGAUGCAUCUGCACUUGACCUACCGACAAUGCGCCGAUGGAAUCUCAUACUGCGUGUCUUCAUGUGUGAAUAUUUGAAUCUUCGGCCCGACGAUUUGAAAAGUAGGGAACGAAGCUAUGUCUCACGUUCUGAUUCUGAACUGAUAUCGUGAAUGGAUCAAGAUACAUUAUCAAGCAUUCUAGAGGAUCUGGAGUGUAUAAUACAGAGUGUUGCAAUCCAGAAAACGCAGAAAACAGCAGAGCAACAGUAAGCAUACGUCGGAAGCAUCAGCGGAUAGAAAGUCUCAGCCACGAAG